AUGGUUCAGGACUUGCUCACACUUCCCUACGAUAUUCGUCGUCAAAUCUGGGAAUAUGUUCUUGGGCCAAGCAAGCUCAAGCCCUGCAAAUGCGUCAUUGUACAAUCUUACUGUACCAUCACACACUUAGGAUCAUGCUUCGGAGAGUUUGACCUCCACGAGCACUGUGAUAAUCGAAUCUUGAGGGUGUGCCGGGCGAUUUAUGACGAAGUGCAUCCGAUGAUGGUACGCUCACCGAAGAUUUUCACCAUCUGCAGUGGCAUCUGUCUGGAUUCAUUGUUCUCAAGUAUAUCGGUGAGAGAGCGCUCUUCUGUGAGAAGGGUAAAUGUCAAGGUGUACAUUGGUCGACUUAGAGAAGGAAGCUUGGAAGGGAUUUCUGGUGCGGCAUUGUUGAAACAGGCUGAGUCAUGGUGUGGCCCUUUUGUGCAAAAUGCAUUGAAGUGUGCUGGUGCUGGAGAUAUCGUUGAUGCAAAGGUAAUCAGCAAUGUGAACGAGGAUACAAAACUGCGACGCACCAUCUGGUUGGCCUUGCAACUCGCACCAGAUACUCAAACAUCUGCUAUAUGGGGCCACUGCAUACCUCAGACAACACAGUCAUCAGCAGUAAUUGGCUAG